AUGCGGGCGCUGGUGGCGCUGCUGGCGGCGCUGAGCUGCGCGGCCCCGGCGGGGCGGGCGGCGGCGCCCGGCGGCGCCCUCAGCUCCAACGCCAUCAAGGGGGGGGCGGCCGCCAGCGCCGCCCCCGCCGCCGCCGCCGCGCCCUUCGACGGCAGCAACAAACCUCCGCCGGCCGCCACCCGGCAGCCCUUCCCGUGCGCCGAGGACGAGGACUGCGGCCCCGACGAGUUCUGCGGGGGGGCGGCCCGCGGCGGGGGCGCCCCGCUCUGCCUCGCCUGCCGGAGACGCCGCAAGCGCUGCCUGCGCGACGCCAUGUGCUGCCCGGGCACGGCCUGCAGCAACGGGCUCUGCACGCCCCCCGAGCCCCCUCCCGGCGCCGCCGAGCUGGACGAGACCGGCGCCGAGGCGCUGCCCCGACGGACGCCCGCGCCCGCCUGGCUGCCCGCCCGCAAAGGUGAGGAGGGGGACUUCUGCCUGCGCUCGUCGGACUGCGCGGCCGGGCUGUGCUGCGCCCGCCACUUCUGGUCCAAGAUCUGCAAGCCGGUGCUGCGGGAGGGGCAGGUGUGCACCAGGCACCGGCGGAAAGGCGCCCACGGGCUGGAGAUCUUCCAGCGCUGCCAGUGCGCCGAGGGGCUGGCGUGCCGCCUGCAGCGAGACCAUGGACCCCCCGACGCCUCCCGCCUGCACACCUGCCAGCGGCACUGAGCAUCCCCCCCACGACGGGACGGAUGGAUGGGACGGACGGACAGAUGGGACAGACGGACGGGACAGACUCCGGCCCCGCUUGCGGGGGGCUCCCCUCCUGCGCCCGCAGCCGGAGCGGAAGGUUGUUUCUCUAGGGAACUACUUUUAAGUGACUAAUUGCAGUACGUUACUGUGUUGUGAAUACUCGAGGUGGCACUUAGCUGUACAUACGCCGGGACUUUUAACGAUUAUUCCGAGGGUGCUGCCUUGUGCUCUUCAAGCCGUGACUGUGACUUUGUACACACUGGGUCUU